AUCGAUAACACAAUCGACAUACAAUCGAAGUUCAUCGUCUGAUGAGAUUUUUGCUAGAAAUUAAAUUAGAAUUUAAUCAAAUAAAAUGAAUCGUGUAAAGACCACGCAGUCCAAGACAGGCGAAAUCAUCGCCUACAGCGAGAGCGCCAUCCGGAACAACAUAUCCGCCGUGGAGUACUGCCGCACAUCGAUGGCUGCCAUCUCCGGCUGCGCUGCGGGUAUUCUGGGUCUGAGUGGCACGCUGGGAUUCCUCUUCUACUUCCUGUCCGUGUUCGUGCUCUGGAUUCUGGUGCUCGCGAAGUCGGGCACGCAGUGGCGCAAGUUCUUCAUUAACCGCAGAAACCUGCUGACCAAUCAGUUCAUGGGCGGCCUUUGCACCUACGUGCUCUUCUGGACAUUCUUGUAUGGCAUGGUGCACGUGUAUUAGCGCAUUUACAAAUCAAACACAUAUAUAGCGAAAUAAACAUAGGAUCUUUGGUUUAACACAA